AGAUUAGAGAUUUAAUUGUUCUUAUAUGUGUAUAUUGGUUACACAGUUAUGGCAUUAUCUGAAGAAAAGAGAGAACUAUUACGUGUGUUGCUUUUGUGGGUGAGCAUGGCUGAGGCAGUGCAGGGACUGUUUUUCUGUAUAUGUAUGAGUAUCAUGUUAAGGAGACAACGAGUCAAACACAUAACUUACCAAAUGGACUUUUUUGCUAAGAGAUCUUAUCUAACAAGAAUGGUGUCUACUAGUGAUGUGGCAUGUUUCAACCUACUUAGAAUGAAUAGGGCAACAUUUGAUAGGCUAUGUUAUAUGCUAAGAGAUGUGGGUGGUCUCAAACCUAGUAAGCAUAUGCUUAUAGAUGAGCAAGUUGCCAUAUUUUUACACAUAUUAGCACAUCAUGUGAAGAAUAGAGUGAUACAGCAUAACUUUGGAAGGUCUGGAGAAACCAUUAGUAGGUAUUUCAACUUAGUGCUUAAUGGUAUGAUGAGACUUGGAAAUAUGUUGUUGAAGAAACCAGAGCCUGUACCGGAAGACUCAAAUGACGAUAAGUGGAAGUGGUUCAAGCAUUGUUUAGGUGCAUUAGAUGGAACUCAUGUAAAAAUGAGAGUUCCUUCUCUUGACAAGGCUAGAUACCGAAAUAGGAAAGGAGAGAUAACAACAAAUGUGUUGGGUGUUUGCUCACAAGAUGGGUACUUCAUAUAUGUUUUGCCUGGGUGGGAAGGGUCUGCAGCGGAUGGACGAGUUCUUCGUGAUGCCAUUAGUAGGAGGAAUGGCUUGAGAGUUCCACAAGGUCAAUAUUACUUGGUUGAUGCUGGAUACACCAAUUGUGAGGGAUUUCUUGCACCAUAUAGAGGACAAAGAUACCAUUUAAGCGAAUGGAGAGAGGGGCGACAUCCUAGAAAUGCAGUAUGGGAUGAGUAUGUAAAGGAGGCAGCUAAGUUCCGGAACAAGUCUUUCUCUUAUUAUGAUGAGCUUCAUGACAUGUUUGGCAAGGAUAGGGCAACCGGCAAGGAUGCUCAAACAUGUGAAGAUGUCCUUGAGGAGCUUCAAGAUCAGAAUGGUUUGGACAAUUCAAUGCUUGAUGCUGACCCAGAUGCUGAUAUGGAUAUAUCACAUGUCAACACUUCACAUCCGGAAGACACUUCACAUGUCAAUAAUCAAAAUGAGCACAUUUCAUCUGAUGCAAGUUCAGGGUCCAAAAAGCAAAAGCGCACAAGAGCUGAUCGUGAUGACAUCUUACUCAAAGGUAUUGAGACAGUUGCUCGUUCAUUUUCUGAAGGUUUGAUGGAGGCAAGUGAUCGCCUGGGAAUGCGUUUGGAUAGGGUUGAACGUGAGAAACGUUUAGAUGGGAUGAAGGAGUCACUCUAUGGUGAUCUUAUGAAGAUUGAAGGACUUUCACACAAAGAACGUAUGGCAGCUUAUGUCAAGAUGAUAUCUGAUGAGAGCAUACUGAUUGGAUUUUUUGCCAUGUCUCAAGAGGGGAAAGUUGAUGUGAUCCGUGAAAUAAUAUCUCCAUGAAUAUGCUGAUGAAUAUUUUGAUAUUUGUGUGACUGAAGUUGGGAUAUUUUCAUGAGAAACAUAGGAAUAUUUUGUUAGACUUGAAAUAUUUUGUUUCAAACAGGAAUAUUUUGUUAUAGACUUGAAAUAUUUUGUUUCAAGUAGGAAUGUUUUGAUAGCCGUUUGAAGUAAGAUAUGGAUUAUCUUACUUACUUGAACUAAUAUUACAGAAAAUUAUAGCAAGACUUGUCAUUUGCUUUUUA